AUGUUGCUGCUGGUUAUUUCAUUUUUGUGGAUAUUUGGAUGGAUCAUCUUCGUAAUAGCCCUCUUAAUAAGGCGAAGAUAUAUUCGUCAUUAUUGGGCUAAGUAUCAUAAGAUGCCUGGCUCUCCACUCCUUCUCUCCGUUUUUCAUCCUUACUGCACUUCAGGCGGCGGCGGUGAACGAGUUCUCUGGACAGGCGUUAGCGCUCUUCUCCAGCAUCGUGAAAAGCUCCUAAUCUUCAUAUACACCAACGACCCAGACUGUCUUACUAAUCCUUCCCUUGUCUUCCAACACGUCCGCAAUACCUUUGACAUCAACAUAGAAGACGAGACUCGUAUCCACUUCGUGCCCCUCCGAAGUGAGCUAUUUCUCCGGCCUGUACUCUAUCCCUUCUUUACUCUUGCUGGGCAGGCUUUCGGCUCCCUUAUUGCAGGUUUUGAGGCCCUCGUCCGUCUUCCUUCUGAUGUGUAUCUAGACACUGCAGGUUUCGCUUUCACUCUCCCUCUCUUUGCAUGGAUAAUCGGUGCGAGUUGCAGUGCUUACGUCCAUUUCCCCACCAUUUCACUUGAUAUGCAACGGCGUGUUGCAACACGUAUUUCCGACGUUGGUACAAACUACAAUAAUGCGGCAAGAAUUCGCAGGAGUAGGAUACUUACCAUCCUCAAACAGUUCUAUUAUAUGCUAUUUCGGUUCGCCUAUGGUUGGGCUGGUAGUGUGGUGAAUUGUCGCGUCGUGGCCGUGAACUCGACAUGGACUCAGAGGCACAUCGCCGCUCUCUUCGCUACGCAAACUUACCUCCUCUAUCCGCCAUGUCCAUGUAGAGUUGAGGAGAGGGUAAGUGGAGCGAAACGAAAGCCCUGGAUCAUAUCAAUUGGACAGUUUAGGCCGGAGAAAAAUCAUAUGCUUCAACUGAAGGCGUUUGAGGUCUUCCUGAAGCGUAUUUCAGGGGACAGAAGUCCGUACCGUCUCAUAUUAAUUGGCGGUUGCCGUCACGCUGGUGAUCGUAAGCGAGUUCACCGUCUGCAGGAAGUAGCGAGACAGAUGGGGUUCUCAGAUCGGCAAGUAGUUUUUGAGGUGGAUGCGCCUGUCUCCAGGAUAAACCAAUACCUUACAGAAGGCACCAUCAAUCUCCAUACUAUGGUAGACGAACACUUUGGCAUUGGUGUUGUAGAGGGCAUGGCAGCUGGACUAGUGACGGUUGCACACAGAUCCGGCGGACCCUUGAUGGAUAUUAUCGGUCCAGCACUGGCACAACCAGGGGUUGACUUAAACAAGAUGAAGCCGACCCCUGUGGGAUAUCUGGCCACACGGGCUGAGGAGUACGCAGAGGUCUUUCGCUACGUCCUUGUUGAAGCUACACCCGAUCAAUUAGAGCCACUUCGGACUGCUGCUAAGCAACGCGCGCAGACUCUCUUCUCGGAGGAAGUCUUUUGUAAAGGGUGGCUCAAAUUCGUGGAGAAGCUAGGUAUAUGA